UCUUUCUAAAAUUCCAAAUGAACUUUCAGAGGGUAAUUGCCGGGUCUAUUGAAGUCCUAUGUUCCAUAUAACAAACUUGUUACUAUUUUCUUUUUUCGGAUGUCAGCGGGGGACCCUCCUAAAAAAGUGGAGUAUAUGAUUCUGUAAUGUAAUCGCUAUUUCUUCUACUUGUAACUGGUCCAUGUUACAAGUUACAACAGUCGCCGUUGCUCCACUUUUCCGACAUGCUUCUUGUUAAACCCUACCGGAGGGCCCUCCAUAGCUCAGCUCGGCAGGUCCAACCCAAAACCCUAGACUCACCAUUCCCUUCUUCCUCCGAUAUCAUUUUUGUGAACAGGGCAGUUUCUAUCCUCAAAGGCCACGACCCAAUUCCCUUAAACUCCUUAUCUUCUCAAUUCACACCUCAAUAUGCUUCUUCCCUACUUUCCCAAUCCCAGUUUGAUAAACCCCUUGUUCUAAGAUUCAUCAACUGGGCACGUCAUCGCCAAUUCUUCAACCUUCAGUGCAAGUGCAUUUCCAUUCAUAUCCUCACUCGUUUCAAGCUCUACAAGACCGCCCAAUCUCUCGCCGAGGACGUCGCUGUGAAAUCUGCCGAUGACAAGGGUGAAUUUGUCUUUUUAUGUCUCAAGGACACUUACCAUUCUUGCAAGUCUAGCUCUGCUGUGUUUGACUUGAUGGUAAAAUCUUACUCUCAUUUGAAAAUGAUUGAUAAAGCCAUGAAUGUCUUCGAAUUAGCUAAGUCUAAUGGGUUUAUGCUUACUGUUUUGUCCUAUAAUUCUAUUCUUGAUGCGUUGAUCAGGGUCUCACGUAAUGGGUCUUUUGAAUUAGCUCAAAAGUUUUAUGAUGAUAUGGUUAAUUCUGGGGUUUCGCCCAAUGUUUAUACUUACAAUAUUAUGAUCCGGGGGCUUUGUGUAAAAGGGGAUUUGAAUAAGGGUUUGGCUUUUUUCAAAGAAAUGGAAAAAUGUGGCUGCUUGCCUAGUGUUGUAACAUAUAACACAAUAAUCGGUGCUUACUGUAAAAUAGGUAAGGUUGAUGAGGCAGUUGAACUUUUGAAACUAAUGCAAGUUAGGAACUUGGAACCAAGUGUGGUCACGUAUAAUGCUAUUAUUAAUGGGUUAUGCAGAGAAGGAAGGAUGAAAGAGACGAGUGAGGUUUUGAAAGAUAUGAGGGGAAAGGGAUUAGUUCCUGAUGAAGUGACGUAUAACACUCUGGUAAAUGGCUAUUGCAGAGAGGGUAAUUUUCAUCAAGCACUUGUUUUGCACUCGGAAAUGUUAAGGAAUGGGUUGUCUCCAGAUGUUGUGACCUAUACUUCUUUGAUCAACAGCAUGUGCAAGACUGGGAAUUUGCAUCGCGCGAUGGAAUUCUUUGAUCAAUUACGUGCUAGGGGAUUAUAUCCUAACGAGAGAACUUACACGACAUUAAUUGUUGGCUUCUCUCAGCAGGGUUUUAUGAAUGAGGCUUAUAAACUUUUGAAUGAAAUGAUUUCAAGUGGCUUUUCCCCUUCAAUUGUGACUUACAAUGCUUUAGUUAACGGGCAUUGUGCAUUGGGCAGGAUGGAAGAUGCUUUAAGUGUAAUUCAAGAGAUGGAACGGAGAGGGGUGGUCCCAGAUGUUGUAACUUAUAGUACAAUGAUAUCUGGGUUUUGUAGAAACCACAAUUUGGAAAGGGCAUUCUGUGCUAAGCAGCAGAUGGUUGAGAAAGGGGUUUCACCUGAUGUUAUUACUUAUUCAUCCCUAAUUCAAGGUCUUUGCGAGCAGCAAAGCUUGACUGAAGCUCGUGAGCUUUUCCAGGAGAUGCUGAGAGUGGGUAUUCAACCUGAUAAGUUUACAUAUACUACACUUAUUGGUGCAUACUGUUUAAAAGGGGAUAUUAAAGGCGCUCUUAACCUGCAUAAUGAAAUGAUAAACAAGGGUUUCUUUCCUGAUGUCGUCACUUACAGUGUCCUAAUCAACGGGCUCAACAAACAAGCUCGCACUAGAGAAGCAAAAAGGCUUCUGUUCAAGUUGUUGUAUGAGCAAUCCGUUCCUAAUAGUGUCACAUAUGAUAUGCUGAUUGAAAGUUGCAAUGAUCUUGAUUUUAAGAGUGCAACAGAUCUUAUUAAAGGAUUCUGCAUGAAAGGUUUGUUAGAUGAAGCGGACAGAGUUUUUGAGUUGAUGCUGCAAAAAGACAAGAAGCCUAGUGAAGCGGCUUACAAUCUGCUUAUACAUGGUCAUUCUAGGGGUGGGAAUUUACAUAGAGCCUUGCAUCUUUAUAGAGAAAUGGUAAGUUUUGGGUUUGUUCCUCAUACAGUUAGUCUUAUUGUGCUGAUGAAAGAACUAUUUAAAGAAGGGAUGAGUGAAGAAUUACAUCAAGUAAUUCAAAGCACAUUGGGGUCCUGUAAACUUGCUGAUGGUGAGCUAGCAAAAGGUAUUGUUGAUGUAAACUACAAGGAAGGGAACAUGGAUGCAGUAUUCAAUGUACUUACUGAUAUGGCCAAGGAUGGCCUUUUUCCGAAUAGUGGGAAAACUGCUUUUUCUCACAUGCCAUGAUAAAGUAUUUAUCAUCUGGAAUGAUCACACUACUUUUGUCAUGUGCAUGUUAGAGUGCAUCAAGCAGCAGAAAACUGGGCUGCAACAUGUUGCUUUCCACUCCUCUAUGUUUCUCAUACCAUUGUGAACAUAGGAAAACAGUUGGAAAACUUCUUUUCAGAAAACAGUUGCUAGAAAUCCUCUGAAAUAGAGUUGUUGGGAAGCUGUCACCUUAUUCAGUCAAGCAACUUUCUCGUUCGAUAUGGUUAAUUUCCUGAUUUGCUUGUAAUUCAACAGUUUCCCACAAGCUGGAAGAAAUGGCACCAUCUAUCAAGGCAUGCGGAGAAUAUGGAACACCAUCCUUGCUUGCAUAUGGUGGGCAGAUUGGAAAGAGAAAUUGAGAUGUUAUGAAUACAAAGCCAACUAAUUUAGAAGGUAAACUUUAACUGUAUAGUUUUGCGUUUCUUUAGGGGUGUAAACAACAACUUGUAAAUGGGGCAGAUAUGUUGGGAUUCAUGAACCCCACUCGUGGGAUUACAGUUGUUGUUUCAUGGAAUUUCCUCCAUUGAUAGAAGGGAGGUUUUUGGCUUUUGGGGUCAUCUUGUACUAUUUAAAGAUUAAAGCUCCUCCUUAGUGCUGAACUGCUGAUUGUUUUAUUAAGAACACCUUCCCUUUCAAAAAACAUGACACUAUCAUAUUAAUCAUUCCCUCCCAGCAUCUAUGUCAUGUAUCUCAUGUAAACAUUGCCUUUUGUAUUGGCUGAUUAACUGAGCCCAUGCCAACUAGAUAUACCAUACUCUCAUGUCUUUCUGUAAUAUAUCUGCUCUACGUUAAUUGUUGGUCCAUAUAUCAAAAAUGUGUUGGCAAAAAGCUGAACACCCUUUUUUUUUUAAAGUAAAGGCUGAACGAUGUUUCAAAUCCCUUUAAGCAAUAAGUAGGGGUUUAUUUGGAACAGGUGAAUCAAAAAUAAGAAAGAGACGAGUUCUGUUUGAGAAAGUGUGCAAAUUUCAGAUGAUGUUCCUAAAAUUGGUGGUCAAUGCAAGUUAGCGAAAGCUGAGCAUUUUAGUACAAGCUAUAAUAGUCCUCAGUUUGCCUUGUGGCUACGGGGUUGCGGCAAGCAUGUCACAGCUAGUUGCUUCAUGGAGUGCAAAAUUGGCAUUGACAUAAUCUCUCCUCAUGCAUUUGGAAGUGAAAGCAUGCUGCCUUUAACAAGAAUCCAUGUUUAACUGUAUCGAUGAUGUUUCCUUGGUUAGAUGCUGGACCUCUCAAUAUUCGUUCAAAAUUGCCCCUGGCUUUUAUGUUGGUCCACUCCAACAUUAGCAGUUUGUUCCCAGAGCAACUCUGGUGCUAUAUAUUCUUCAUAUUUCUUACAUCAAUUUUAAGCAGCUGAACGGCACCCCCGUGUUUUGGAAAGUCUGGUUAUGCAUGCUUAGUAGUGUUUUAUUUGAUUUACCAAAA